AGAUAGGACGGGGUGGCCAGAUAACGUUUCACGGGCCUGGACAACUCGUGGGAUAUCCGGUCUUGAAUCUUGGCAACUAUAAAAAAAGUGUGCGAGACUACGUCGACAGGCUCGAGGAGGUGAUGAUACAGUCUUGCAAAGCCUACGACGUGGAGAGUGCGAGGACAGAGCACACCGGCGUGUGGGUGGGGGACCGGAAAAUUGCCGCUCUCGGUGUGUCUGUAUCUAGAUGGAUUACACAGCACGGCUUCGCUUUGAACUGUAAUGUCAACAUGGACUGGUACAACCAUAUCGUACCUUGUGGCAUAGACGAUAAAGGCGUGACAUCGUUGUCUCUCGAAACAGGCAAAGAUGUGUCCGUGGAGGAUGUUCUAUCGCCAGUGCGGCAGAGCUUUGGCAAAGUGUUCGAAUGUGACGUGGAUGCGCGCAACUUAAGUGGGGACAGAUGCACAGCGCAGGCAAUCAUCGCAGCCGCAACAUGCUCAUGACGAUCCGUUUACCAAUGCAAUGCUCGCUAGUACGGUGGGAUCGUUCUUACCGCAGCCAAAUAUGUGUUCCGUGGUUUAAUUACCAGUGGGAUACACUUGAAAGGGGCAUAUAGGUAUCUGCAAUGCCCAAAACCCUACACACAAUCCCAUGCAGGCUGUAUGGUCAGGGCCAGUAUCAUGAGUCGGACACCUUACCUAGAAAUUUACAACCCCCACCAAGCCACUCGGGUCGUAGCUUCAGAUGUCUCAAGCAUACAGUUAACGGGUGGUGCGGUGCGUAGUACGUACGUAGGUUGCUCAGUGAGAAUUGAGAUCUUGUACGCUUUGUACAUGAACCGAUACUAGC